UACCUAUCUCUUUGUCUUUCUUAACAGAGAAAUGUCACAUUCACAAAAUCUACCGAAUGGGCCUUCACAAGAAGUACCGGACAAUAAAAAUAUCUACGAGUUGGCGAAUGUGCCGGAAAGGGUUAGUCAGUUUGAGCAGCCAAGCGCACCGCAACAAGUAGAUGGAAAUGUUCGGCCGUUAUUAACUCGAAUAGACAGUAGAGUUAACUUAAAUGUGCGUCUAGGCUUUCCGAAUCCACUCCUUAGGCCACAACUGUCAAGGCCACCUCCACCGGGAGGAACCCCGUUCGUUCAACGUCCUUUAAUACAACAACAACGUCCUCCGCUGGCUGCACAAAAUUUAUAUCCAAGACAGCCAGUUUCACAUAACAUCAUACCAACUACCAGACCACAGAUCACUCCCGGAUUUAGGCCCACACCACCAAAUUUCGGUAGACCCCCUUUAUUAACUCCGAGACCGCAGAACAUCUAUCAGCAAAGAUCGUUUCCUCUUCCAACAACAACAAGUAAACCGACACUUUCUAACAAUUUAACAAAAAGUCAAACGCUGGAUUCCUACGAAUGUAAUUCAUCUCAAGAAGAUAAUGUGUCAGCAAUUGAGGCAGCUAACAAUGAAGAAGAAGAACAAACAGAGAUCAACUUAAAUGAUGAAUUUCAAAAAGACCAAAAAAGUUCAGUUGGGGAUGUUGAAGAUGAAAACCUCAUUCCAGAUUUAUCCAGACAAAUCGAGCAAAAUCCACGACCCGAAACGCGGAUGGAAGGACGGAUGGACAACCAACCCCUUGCGAACAAUUCGCGCGAAGAGCUAAACAAAGCAACCACAAAUUUGCAGUCGAACCCACCUUCUCCUCAGCCUUACAUGAGAAGAGCCCAUGUUACGAGAACGCCAUCACCAACACAGGAAAACCCAACGACUUCUUCGCCAAAACAAUCUGCGUCAAAGAGAGCAGAAAAACCAAAGUCGCCCAAUUUAUUGAAAAAUGAUAGAAAAUCUCCCGAAACUAAAACACGGUCUUCCUCAAAAUUACGUCUUUAUAAAGCAGAAGGAGAUAAUGACAGUGGAGUGGAUGAGUCCACCCAAGGAAACGAUCACCUAAACAGCGAAUAUUCUACAGGUAAAAAAUCAUCGAAGAGUUCCACUCCACGUUCUGCAACAACACCCACAAAAAAUAAAUCUUUCACAAGAGUCGCAAAAUCUCCAAAUCCAAAAAGUCCAGAAACUCCCACGUCUACCGCCGAUAAGAAAAAAGUUCCUAUGAACAAAAUUCAAGUCGGUUCGGCUCCGUCUCCAAACUUAAAAGUAGUGAAAUCGAAAAUAGGAUCUCUAGAAAAUGCAACGCACAAACCGGGCGGAGGAAAUAUCAAAAUCGAGAGUAAAAAGAUAGAUUUUUCAACAACAUCAUCAAGAGUUACGGCAAAAAAUGACACUUAUUUACCUGGAGGAGGUGAUAAAAAGAUUCAGCAACAAAAACUGAAUUGGAGUGCUAAAUCGAAAGUGGGUUCUUUGGAGAAUACAACUCAUAAACCUAAAGGGGGCGAUAAGAAAAUAGAUAUUGUUAAGUUAGAUUUUAAGGAAAACGCGAAAUCAAAAGUUGGUUCCAAGGAUAAUAUUAAACAUGUACCCGGAGGAGGCGAUGUUAAGUCUGAAUCUGAACACAAACUGGAAGAAAUUAGAAGAGAUAUUGAAACAAAAAAAGUGGAUAUUAAAGUUCAAAGUAAAAUUGGAUCGUUGGAUAACAUAAAACACAAACCGGGGGGUGGAGAUAAGAAAAUAUAUGACGAUAAAGGAUAUUUACGUCAAAUGUCCGCCCAUUCCAACGCUUCCUUGGACGGAUCACAGAAUGUUGAUUACUUAUAUACAUUCUAUUAGUUUUCCAUUCAUACCAUUUUAUCGUAGGACAGUAAGAACUCUUCCCAAGCGGAUGUGAGAGAGCCAGUGUCAGAUGAGAAUCUCAACAGACAGCACUAAUAUCAACAUUUUAUACCACCAAAAAAGAAAAAUAUGUUUGUUUAAAAUACCAAAAUAUAGGUGGAAUCUCUUUCGCCAGUUUUGAGACCGAACGAACAAAACUGUUUGCGUAAAGAAAUCAUUUUCACACAGAACAAUUUUCUGGAUAAAUGUAUUAAAUCAGUAUAGAGUGUAUGCCUAUACAAAAUGUUUUUAUUUAACAUUGCAUGUAAACAAUAAACAUAGUAUAGAGUUAUAUUUGUAAAAUUUUUAAUGAAAGUAUAGUAUGUAAAGUAUUUGUAAUUCACUUUUGUAGUCACUGUAACUAUAGCGAAGUAUAUUAUCUACACCAAGGCACGAAGUUGUCCACUUUUUGGUUACCUACACUGAGUGUUUUAAAAAAGAGCUGCAACGCACAAAACGAAAGUAAGUUCGUUUGGCUCUCUUUACAAUCACUCAACACGUAUUUGUAGAUAACAUUAGUUUAAAUGAUAUUAAAAAAGAAGUUAAGUUUGUUUGUAAAUCACGAAUAUGUAGAUCACUUUUUACGUUCAACCGAAAUGUCUGGGAAAUAUCAUCAUGAUGUGUGCUAAUACUAAACGCGUGUUUUUUUUAAUUUCAAACAUUGUCGAUUUGGUAGUUUUUAAUUAUUAUCGAUGUAUUUAAUGAAAAGUAUUCAAAAAUAUAUGUACUAACUUGUA